CCCCCGAACUCCACGCUCCUUUCCAAAUUUAAUUAGGGUUUUGAAAUCGGAGAUGGCGGAUGGAUACUGGAGUCGGCAGCAGCAGCAUCUUCUCCCCUCGGUCAGUUUGCUCAAACGGCCUCGCACUGACUACGACAAGCAGUUCAAUUUCUGAACUUUCUUCAUCUGUAUUUUCAAAUUUUGUAGAACUUGCGCCUUCUGUGUUGCCUUCAGCUCAUGAGAUGCCAAACUAUCUAGUGCGAGAUGAUGAUCGUGGUGGCCCUCAUGUAGUAAAGGACACAAAAUCAAUUGGAUCAGCUUAUGAUCGCUAUCUUCAGAGUGCGCAACUUUCAUCCUUUACUUAUGGGGAAGCCAGUACACUUCGUGGAGUUGGAUUGGGAAGGGUUUCUGGUGGUGGAAUGCCUGGUCCUACAAUGACUAAUCCUGCUGUGUUGGGUCGCACUGGGAUUGCUGGUCCUGAUCUUGCACCAAAUGGUCGAAAUGUUGGUAUUGGUAAUCAGCUUCCCUUGGAUGCAACUAGGCCUGGACGUGAAACACAGCCUCUACCUCCAGAUGCUUCUAGCACUUUAUAUGUUGAAGGACUUCCUCCUGACAGCAAAAAGAGGGAGGUAGCUCAUAUUUUCCGCCCUUUCGUUGGAUAUAAAGAAGUGAGACUCGUAACCAAAGAAUCCAAACACCGAGGUGGAGAUCCUCUUAUCCUUUGUUUUGUGGACUUUGCAAAUCCAGCAUGUGCAGCAACUGCCAUGAGCGCCUUGCAAGGUUAUAAAACGGAUGAUAAUGAUCCUGAUUCAAGUUACUUGAGGCUGCAGUUUUCACGAUACCCAGGUCCGAGGUCUGGCUCUGGCUCUCGUGGUAAGAGGUGAACAGGCUUCAGAUAGAUAUACUCAUAUACCUAGGUUAAUGCAGUUGAGGUUGGUGCAACACCUCCUUUAGGAAGUGCUUGUCCAUGAACAAUGUACAAACAAAUGCAAUUUAAAUUGCUCAAUCCUGACCACACAAAUUAGGUGCUUGCGAGGUGCGGCUACUAUUGAGGUGCAAGAUGGAGAAGGAAAUCCCUUGUUUAUGCAAUUUAACGGAUAGAAUUUUGUAUGUUAUGUCCAUAAUUACCUUCUGGAUGAAUUUCUGUGCUAAAUUCUAUCUCAAGAGCUCUUUGAAUC